CAUUCUCUCGUUCUCAUUCUCUCGGUCUCUCAUUGUUGCUACAGUACAGCACAACCAUUGACGUCAAUACCUCGACCCUAAAGGCUCCAUAUACUAUUAUAUACUAUUUUUCCUCUCGCCACCUGUUCACGCUUAACCAACCGUGGGACUCAGUUGUUCUGGGCCAAACCAGUGUUUCUGGUUGCCAUACUCACUUUCACAGACCCUUUCAGAAGAAAUUCUUCCGUAGCCAGCUAUGGUGUGCUGCAGAUACGUCAAGCACGCCUCGCUCAUCAACAACUGCUACCCUUCCCGUCCAGAUGAGAAAGGACCAAAGUCAAGCGAACUCUCUUACCUGGUCUUUUAUGCCACCUCCAAGCCAGCCAAGCUGACCAAGGUUGGCAAUUUCAUCGAGCGAAGAGUCGCCCGUGAUUAUCGCAAGAAGCGUCUUUCCGAUGUACACUGCUCGCUCGAGAUCAUCCGGUCUCUGAUACUCUCCAGCAAAGCUCAUCUCAACAUCUUUUCAAAGAAUGUGGUUGUGAUCCUGGACACGCUCCUGGUCGACAUCUCGGAUUUUGACAUCGUACGACAUUGCCAGGCCGUCUUUUCGUGCUUCUGCGCUGCACACGAUGGCUCGACCUUGGGCGUGGAUCUCGAGUUCAGAACUCUCUAUGACCGCGUUGUUAUAAGAUUUGCUGACAUUGCGACACGCAGAGGCGAAGAGAACAAUCGUUAUCGAUUAGUUGCACUCGAGGCGAUCCAAGGUGUUGUCUCUUCAACCGCCUUAUACGCCUACGACCACAAAGCACAGCUUAGUCUAGUCCUGCCUUCGAUUCUCGACUGUCUGCUCGAUUCUACAGAAGGAAUUCAGGUAUGCUUGGAUGAUUCCGUAAGCCGGACCGCAGCCGCGUCUACUCGUCGAUCGGUAUCAAUUCAUGGCACGACUGAUCCCGAGAAAGUGAUAACAGACGACGAUGUCACGGCUGAUGCCCUCCAGUGUCUGCGCGCCUUGUUCAAUACUCCCAACGGUGGCAAUAUCACAAGCGCCCUGGGUCCGACAUUUUCUUACCUGGAUGAACAUGGCUGCUGGUGGCCCUCCAACUUGACGGUUGGGAUCAUCAAGUCGAUCUUGAAUGCCAUCUCACCCCAGUUCCGUUACAUGGUCGUGAACGAGGUCAUUACUCGUGUUGACAGCGUGGAUAUGACUACACCAGACUUGACACUGCGACUCCAGAAGAAGGCUACCUUGAUUUCAGCUUUGGAGGCCAUUUUGUUCUCGCCUCUGACGCUCACUGGAAUCCCUGUGCUGGAGAUCCUAAACGCUCUCCUGGGGGGCCUCACAAAAUCCCUGGCAAGAUCUGCGCCCUUGAGCAAAGAAGGUGAUUCCAGUCAGCUUCUCGUUCUCGAAACACUCAUUCAAGACGGCUUGAUUAGGAGUGUCGGUGGUCUUGCAACGCACAUUUACUAUACGAACCAAGUGCCUCAUAUCAUCUCAAGUAUCGUGAGCAAGUUGUCCUAUAAGAUUGACGCUGUCCCCCAGCCAGAGACCAUUGACAGUGUUCCUACUGUGGACUAUCGCAAAGCCCUCCUGAGAUGUCUGACUGCUGCCAUCAAAACAAGCAAGGAUCAUAACCGCCAAGAAUCCAGCUUCCAUUCAUCAGAAAUCUCCUCGGAACUGCUGACUCCUUGUCUUGGUCUGCUGCUGGACGAGAACGUGGAAGUCAGAGCGACAUUUGCACAGGCAUUGAUCACAUUCCUCACUACAGAGGAUGAGGGCCACAGCCAGGAAACCACAAUGGGAUCACCCUUGCCUGCUAUUUCAAGCGAUCUUUAUUUCAGAGCCGCCACGCAUCAGACCUUGCACUCAUACGCACGACUGUCCACAGCCACCCCGACAGAUAUGACAGCAAUCUAUGGCAUUCUUAGGGCUUUAUUCACGCAUUUUCAGGAUGAUGAGUUUAUGCGAGUUAUUCCCGUCUUGUUCUCGCUGCAGGAAUGGUGCUUGCAACAGGAUGCCACCGAAGAUGCAAACACAAAGAGUCAGGAUACGGCUAACACGGUAGCGCGAAAGCGGGCUCUGGCGACAGUGAUUGUGAUCUAUCUGCAAAAGGCUGUUUCCAGCUACGGCAUGGCAGAGCCGCUCGAAUAUCUGGAAAAUAUCAAGAACUCCCGCGAGAGCGAGUCACAGUGGUACCCGAUAUACUACGAGAAUCAAGAGUGCCUUACGCGGAUGACUUGCCAACAGUGGGAGGCGCCUUCAGAACCAUUCUAUCCAGUGUUGACCCAUCCUCUUGCGCGUGAGCACUUGGUGACCCUGCUGACGACUGUCUCUGAUCGCUUCAGGGCUGGAGCUGACCGUUUCGGACUUUUGUACAACCCAGAGAGUCAGUCAACUCUGCUUGCGCAGAGUACCAACAACAACCGAGAAUUUGGCAACACAGCGUUCCUUUCACCUCUAGGCAUCAGUGGGAACCAUGGUUCAUUGGGCCACAAGUCUGCGCGAAGCAUGGACAACCGGAUCCGGGUUUCGCGUCAUCUGGAGGACUGGGCCUUGCCAAAGAUUGUACCGCCAUCUUAUGGACCCUCGAGCGAUUUAACCCCUCCGGAUGAAUCAGCCGAGAUCUCUGCAGAGUCGACUCAGAUCAGCCGACGGGGAAGUUUUGCAGGGGACACGAGCGCAAGUACGCAGUCGCAUAAGACGAUCGGAGUGGACAAUCUGAAGGCAGCGCUGAGUGCAGCUCAUCUGGGAGUGGAUUCCGGCGAUACCAACAGCUCAUUCGCAGGUAGCGAGUCUCGUGGGGUCUCUCCGGGAGCACAGCGGUUCUAUCUCCUUGCGGGUACUGGAUCCACUCUGCGGAUGAAACAGCAGCAGAGUGCACUAGGUGGUUCGUCCGUGUCGGUUGCGUCCAAUCUGGCGAUAUCUCGGCCCGAGCUAGCAGAUCUCCUGAACACGAUCCAGGUCGCUGUGUCUGCCAACGAUGGCCACCACUCUUUGAUGGCUCCGCCUUACUGAAUGGUCCAGGAAUUUUGUUUUUGUUUAAUGCGGUAGUCGGCUUAUAAUUCUGAUAAAUAGUAGUAGCGACGAAACGCAAAUUCUGAAGAUAGUAUUCAUUUAUUUGCCUAUUAAUGAGCAGUGAGAUCCAUUCCUUCACAUUUCAGUAUAAAAUCAUCAACCUUGCAGCG